AUGAAGAUUUUGGACGAAAAUAUCUUUGCAAAACUUACGCAAUUGAGUUGUCUGAACUUGAGCCGCAAUGCAAUCGUAGAAUUGCCAUCAAAUUUACUCGCAAAUCAGCUGCAACUUAUAAUACUAGAUCUCAGUAACAAUUUGUUGUCAUAUCUACCGCCUGAACUUUUCACACGAGCUCGUUGGUUAUGGCAGUUGAAAUUGAAUGGCAAUCGUCUGCGCGUCGUUGCAAAUCUCAUGGCAAAUCUGAAACCGUUGAGCCAUCUGCACAGGCUGGACUUAAGCGACAACCAAUUGAAAACUGUUUGGAGUGACACUGAGCUUAACGCCAAUACUUCAGCGACAUUAUUAACAAAUUUUCGUUAUGACAAUAUCAAUAUGCCUUUUGCUGUGGCGAAAGAUCUAAAUUAUAUCAUCAAAUUACAACCUCAAAAGUACGAAGGAAACAAGCUUAUUUUAACGGCGAUCAAUUUAAGUGGCAAUCGUUUGAGCGUGUUUAAUAUGGAUUGGGUUUUCGAGGGCGGCGUUAAAUGCCCAUUUGAAAUAAGCUUAGAACACAAUUCGAUUAAAAAUAUAUAUGCUUUAUCAAAUCUUUUAAACACAUCUGCUGAUUGUGAGCGCAAAGCCAGAUUGACUGGCAAUCCUAUCGAGUGUGAUUGUAAAUUAGCUUGGAUCUACAAUGGUAAUUUUCGUACGUUUUUCAGUGAUUUAGAGUGUAAUAAGAAGUCAACCGAACUACUAACGGAUAUCGCACAGCUUGAACGUAACGAGCUAUGCGCUUGGCAACCGGUGCUAUGCCCCAGAAAAUGCGCUUGUCACACACAAUCGCGGUUCUUGAUCAUCAACUGUAACGGUGGGGAACUCGACGUUAUCAAACAGCUACCACGUCUCGAACAAGUUGCGCUCACGACUUCAAUACUCGAUAUUAGCAGUAAUCAGUUCACGGUUUUGCCGCCAAACACCACCUUCGGUUAUGCCAACGUUUCGCAACUCUACGCUUCGCACAAUAAAAUCACGAACCUAAGUCGCUCUGAACUAGCCACAAAUUUGACGGUUUUGGAUCUACGAAAUAAUCGUUUAAAAACAUUAAGUGCUGAUUUUUUGCGUGCAUUUCUCAAUGAGAGCACGAAGCUACAACUUUUGAAUCUGAGUGGUAAUCCUUGGUUUUGCGAUUGCGCUGCACAGCAGCUCCUCUACACCGUACGUGCACAUCGGCAACGCAUACCCGAUGUCGAGCACAAGUUUGAAUGA